AUCAAGGUUCGCCUUUUGCUUUCAGUUUCACGGGGGAAAGAUGGCUCAGGAUGCCGAGAGCAAGGAGCUGCUGUUGAAAACGCUGGAAGACCUGGGGCAGGAGGACUUCAAGAAGUUCAAGUUUUAUAUGCGUCUGCCUAAGAGCAAAAAAGCAAACGCAGACCGGCCUGACAUCGCCGAAGAGCUGGUGAACAGGUACAGCAAGAAGGCUGUAGCGGAGACCAGCAAGAUUUUGAAGAAGAUCGGCAACUAUGAACUGGCCAAGAAGCUGCAAAUCAAAGGUGUCACCCGUGCGCCCUCAGAUAGCAUCUCCUUAGAGGUCCAGAUGGGCGAAUUCAAGCGGGAGCUGCAAGAGAACCUGCGGGCCAUGUACUGCAAGGCUCCCGAGGGCAACACGGAGCGCAGCCAGCAGGAGGCUCUGGAGAGCGUCUACACCAAGCUCCACAUUAGCCGCGGCGUCGCCGGUCUUCCCGACAAGCAGCACGAGGUCCUUCAGAUGGAGAUGCGCGGCCAAGACGAGGAGGAGGAGUCCAUCGAGCCGUGCGACAUCUUCAAAAGCGAGAAGCCCCUUCGCACCAUGGUCACCGUGGGCUUCGCGGGCAUCGGGAAGACCUUCCUGGUGCGCAAGUUUGUCCUGGACUGGGCCAACGGGACAACCAACACAGACGUGGACUUCAUCUUUCCCUUGCCCUUCCGCGAGUUGAACUUGGAGGAGGAGGAACGCUUUUCGCUGGCAGAGCUCAUCCAGCACUUCAUGUGCGACAGCAAGGCGGCCAUCGAGAGGCUGCAGCACAUCUUGGUCAGGAUGCAAGAUUUGGGCAAGCGCACCUACCAAAGCAGCAACGUCAAGAUUUUGUUUGUACUGGACGGCUUGGACGAGUGCCGCCUCAAACUGGACCUGAGCGACGAGCGCAAGGAGCGCCUGGAUGUGACCCAAGCCUACCCCGUGGAGGUGCUCCUGGCGCAUCUCAUCAAGGGGAACCUGCUUCCCUGCGCCCGGCUUUGGAUCACCACGCGGCCCCAGGCGGCCCGCGACAUCCCGCCGCGCCUGGUGGACGGCAGAACCGAGGUGAAAGGCUUCAGCCGCUCCCAGAGGCUGGACUACUUCAGGAAGAGGUUCCCCAAUGACGAGGAGGACGUCAUCGAGCACAUCCAAAAGUCCCGCAGCAUUUUCAUCAUGUGCCACAUGCCCAUCUUCUGCUGGCUCACCGCCACCGUUCUCCGAGAUUAUCGGCAGCACGGAAAGAAGCUGCCCGAAACCCUGACCGAGAUGUACACAGAGUUCCUCCUCUAUCACCUGGGCAGGUCCGAGGAGCGAGGCGGCCAGAAGAGAACGGAGUACGUCAAAGCGCUGGCCAAGAUGGCUUUUCGGCAUCUCAUGAAAAAGCAACAGAUCUUCUACGAGAGCGACUUGCGGGAAAGCGGCUUGGAUGCCUCGCAGGUCGCAAAACACUCGGGAGUCUUCACCGAGGUCUUCGAGGAGGUACCCCCGCUCAAGAAAUACCAACGCGGCAAGAUGUUUCAGUUCAUCCACCUGAGCAUCCAGGAAUAUCUGGCCGCUCUCUACGUGAUGAUGAGCCUGUUCCAGGACAACAAGAACGUGCUGGGAGAGCUCCCGAUGCAUUCCGAGCAGACGUCGCUCGUCCGGGUCCACGAGGCGGCCAUCCGCAAAGCCUCAGAAAGUGAGGGAAACCUGGACUUGUUCCUCCGCUUCUUGGUGGGCCUUUCCUUGCAGUGCAACCAGAAGCUCAUGGGCGAGCUGCUGAAGGCUCCCGAGAACUUCAGCCACAGCAACGCAGAAACAGUCCGCUUGAUCGAGCAACAGAUAGAUAAAAACUCUCCUGAGGAGAACAUCAACUUGUUCUACUGCCUGAAAGAGCUGAAGGACGAGUCCCUGCUGAAGCAGAUCGAAAUGUUCCUCGAAGAAUUGCGGUUCCACGGUGAGAACGUACCUCUGGCCAUGUGGUCAGCCCUGCUCUUCUUCUUGCGGGCUUCUGACAAAGCCAUGAGCUGCUUCGAACUCCGGCGAUACGCUCCGUCCGAGAAGGGGCUCCUGAUGCUGCUGCCGGUGGUCAAGGCUUCUCGAAAAUCAGUGCUCCGGAACUGCAACCUGAGCGAGAAAAGCUGCGAGGCGCUGGCCUCCGUUCUAAGCUCGCCCGGCAGCCUGAGGGAGCUGGAUCUCAGCCACAACGAUUUGUACGACGACGGGCUGGAGGCGCUCGCCGCCGGACUGGCAAAGCCGCAGUGCACCUUGCAAGUCCUCAAGCUCUGGGACUGCAACCUGAGCAAGAAAAGCUGCGAGGCGCUGCCCUCCGUUCUAAGCUCGCCCUGCAGCCUGGAUCUCAGCUGGAACGACUUGGGUGACGACGGGCUGGAGGCGCUCGCCGCCGGACUGGCAAAGCCGCAGUGCACCUUGGAAGUCCUCAAGCUCUGGGACUGCAACCUGAGCAAGAAAAGCUGCGAGGCGCUGGCCUCCGUUCUAAGCUCGUCCCGCACCCUGAGCUAUCUGGAUCUCAGCUGGAACGACUUGGGUGACGACGGGCUGGAGGCCCUCGCCGCCGGACUGGCAAAGCCGCAGUGCACCUUGGAAGUCCUCGCGCUCUGGAAGUGCAAGCUGAGCAAGAAAAGCUGCGAGGCGCUGGCCUCCGUUCUAAGCUCGCCCGGCAGCCUGAGGGAGCUGGGGCUCUGCGACAACGACUUGGGUGACGACGGGCUGGAGGCGCUCGCCGCCGGACUGGCAAAGCCGCAGUGCACCUUGGAAGUUCUCACGCUCUGGAAGUGCAAGCUGAGCAAGAAAAGCUGCGAGGCGCUGGCCUCCGUUCUAAGCUCGCCCGGCAGCCUGAGGGAGCUGGGGCUCUGCGACAACGACUUGGGUGACGAUGGGCUGGAGGCGCUCGCCGCCGGACUGGCAAAGCCGCAGUGCACCUUGCAAGUCCUCAGGCUCGGGAGCUGCAAGCUGAGCAAGAAAAGCUGCGAGGCGCUGGCCUCCGUUCUAAGCUCGCCCGGCAGCCUGAGGGAGCUGGGGCUCGGCGACAACGACUUGGGUGACGACGGGCUGGAGGCGCUCGCCGCUGGACUGGCAAAGCCGCAGUGCACCUUGGAAGUCCUCGCGCUCAAGAAAUGCAACCUGAGCAAGAAAAGCUGCGAGGCGCUGGCCUCCGUUCUAAGCUCGCCUGGCAGCCUGAGGGAGCUGGAUCUCGGCGACAACGACUUGGGUGACGACGGGCUGGAGGCGCUCGCCACCGGACUGGCAAAGCCGCAGUGCACCUUGCAAGUUCUCAGGCUCGAGAAAUGCAACCUGAGCAAGAAAAGCUGGGAGGCGCUGGCCUCCAUUCUAAGCUCGCCCUGCAGCCUAAGGGAGCUGGAUCUCACCGACAACGACUUGCGUGACAACAGGCUGGAGGCACUCGCCGCCGGACUGGCAAAGCCGCAGUGCACCUUGGAAGUUCUCACGCUCAAAAGCUGCGAGCUGAGCAAGAAAAGCUGCGAGGCGCUGGCCUCCGUUCUAAGCUCACCCUGCAGCCUGAGGGAGCUGGAGCUCAGCUGGAACGACUUGGGUGACGACGGGCUGGAGGCCCUCGCCGCCGGACUGGCAAAGCCGCAGUGCACCUUGCAAGUCCUCACGCUCCGGGACUGCAACCUGAGCAAGAAAAGCUGCGAGGCGCUGGCCUCCGUUCUAAGCUCGCCCGGCAGCCUGAGGGAGCUGGAUCUCAGCCACAACGAUUUGUACGACGACGGGCUGGAGGCGCUCGCCGCCGGACUGGCAAAGCCGCAGUGCACCUUGCAAGUCCUCAAGCUCUGGGACUGCAAGCUGAGCAAGAAAAGCUGCGAGGCGCUGGCCUCCGUUCUAAGCUCGCCCUGCAGCCUGAGGAAGCUGGAGCUCUGCAACAACGACUUGGGUGACGACGGGCUGGAGGCGCUCGCCGCCGGACUGGCAAAGCCGGAGUGCGCCUUGCAAGUCCUCUGGCUCCAGUUGUGCAAGCUGAGCAAGAAAAGCUGCGAGGCGCUGGCCUCCGUUCUAAGCUCGCCCGGCAGCCUGAGGGAGCUGGAUCUCAGCUGCAACGAUUUGUACGACGACGGGCUGGAGGCGCUCGCCGCCGGACUGGCAAAGCCGCAGUGCACCUUGCAAGUCCUCGGGCUCGUCAACUGCAACCUGAGCAAGAAAAGCUGCGAGGCGCUGGCCUCCGUUCUAAGCUCGCCCUGCAGCCUGAGGGAGCUGAAUCUCAGCGGUAACGAUUUGUACGACGACGGGCUGGAGGCGCUCGCCGCCGGACUGGCAAAGCCGCAGUGCACCUUGCAAGUCCUCGGGCUCAGGGACUGCCAACUGAGCAAGAAAAGCUGCGAGGCGCUGGCCUCCGUUCUAAGCUCGCCCGGCAGCCUGAGGGAGCUGGGGCUCGGCGACAACGACUUGGGUGACGACGGGCUGGAGCCGCUCGCCGCCGGACUGGCAAAGCCGGAGUGCACCUUGCAAGUCCUCGGGCUCAGUGGCUGCAAGCUGAGCAAGAAAAGCUGCGAGGCGCUGGCCUCCGUUCUAAGCUCGCCCGGCAGCCUGAGGGAGCUGGAUCUCAGCCACAACGAUUUGUACGACGACGGGCUGGAGGCGCUCGCCGCCGGACUGGCAAAGCCGCAGUGCACCUUGCAAGUCCUCGGGCUCGAGCAAUGCGAGCUGAGCAAGAAAAGCUGCGAGGCGCUGGCCUCCGUUCUAAGCUCGCCCUGCAGCCUGAGGGAGCUGGAGCUCAGCUGCAACGACUUGGGUGACGACGGGCUGGAGGCCCUCGCCGCCGGACUGGCAAAGCCGCAGUGCACCUUGGAAGUCCUCGGGCUCAAUUGCUGCGAGCUGAGCAAGAAAAGCUGCGAGGCGCUGGCCUUUGUUCUAAGCUCGCCCUGCAGCCUGAGGGAGCUGGAGCUCAGCUGCAACGACUUGGGUGACGACGGGCUGGAGGCCCUCGCCGCCGGACUGGCAAAGCCGCAGUGCACCUUGCAAGUCCUCGAGCUCGAGCAAUGCGAGCUGAGCAAGAAAAGCUGCGAGGCGCUGGCCUCUGUUCUAAGCUCGCCCUGCAGCCUGAGGAAGCUGGACCUAGGCUGGAACGACUUGGGUAACGACGGGCUGGAGGCGCUCGCCGCCGGACUGGCAAAGCCGCAGUGCACCUUGCAAGUCCUCGCGCUCGAGAAAUGCAACCUGAGCAAGAAAAGCUGCGAGGCGCUGGCCUCCGUUCUAAGCUCGCCCUGCAGCCUGAGGGAGCUGGAUCUCGGCGAGAACGACUUGCGUGACGACGGGCUGGAGGCGCUCGCCGCCGGACUGGCAAAGCCGCAGUGCACCUUGCAAGUUCUCAGGCUCCGGCACUGCGAGCUGAGCAAGAAAAGCUGCGAGGCGCUGGCCUCCGUUCUAAGCUCGCCCGGCAGCCUGAAGGAGCUGAAGCUCGGCGACAACGACUUGGGUGACGACGGGCUGGAGGCGCUCGCCGCCGGACUGGCAAAGCCGCAGUGCACCUUGCAAGUCCUCAAGCUCAAGAGCUGCAACCUGAGCAAGAAAAGCUGCGAGGCGCUGGCCUCCGUUCUAAGCUCGCCCUGCAGCCUGAGGAGGCUGGAUCUCAGCAACAACGACUUGGGUGACAACAGGCUGGAGGCGCUCGCCGCCGGACUGGCAAAGCCGCAGUGCACCUUGCAAGUCCUCGCGCUCCAGUUGUGCAGGCUGAGCAAGAAAAGCUGCGAGGCGCUGGCCUCCGUUCUAAGCUCGCCCGGCAGCCUGAGGGAGCUGGAUCUCAGCGCCAACGACUUGCGUGACGACGGGCUGGAGGCGCUCGCCGCCGGACUGGCAAAGCCGCAGUGCACCUUGCAAGUCCUCGCGCUCCAGGGGUGCAAACUGAGCAAGAAAAGCUGCGAGGCGCUGGCCUCCGUUCUAAGCUCGCCCUGCAGCCUGAGGGAGCUGGAUCUCAGCUGCAACGACUUGUACGACGACGGGCUGGAGGCACUCGUCGCCGGACUGGCAAAGCCGCAGUGCACCUUGCAAGUCCUCGGGCUCAUCAACUGCAAGCUGAGCAAGAAAGGCUGCAAGGCGCUGGCCUCCGUUCUAAGCUCGCCCUGCAGCCUGAGGAGGCUGGAUCUCAGCUACAACGACUUGUGUGACGACGGGCUGGAGGCGCUCGCCGCCGGACUGGCAAAGCCGCAGUGCACCUUGCAAGUCCUCAGGCUCCGGCACUGCGAGCUGAGCGAGAAAAGCUGCGAGGCGCUGGCCUCCGUUCUAAGCUCGCCCUGCAGCCUGAGAGAGCUGGAUCUCGGCCACAACGACUUGUGUGACGACGGGCUGGAGGCGCUCGCCGCCGGACUGGCAAAGCCGCAGUGCACCUUGCAAGUCCUCGCGCUCCAGUGGUGCAAUUUGAGCAAGAAAAGCUGCGAAGCGCUGGCCUCCGUUCUUAGCUCGCCCUGCAGCCUGAGGGAGCUGGAUCUCAGCUGCAACGACUUGUACGACGACGGGCUGGAGGCACUCGUCGCCGGACUGGCAAAGCCGCAGUGCACCUUGCAAGUUCUCAGGCUCCAGUGGUGCAAUUUGAGCAAGAAAAGCUGCGAAGCGCUGGCCUCCGUUCUAAGCUCGCCCUGCAGCCUGAGGGAGCUGGAUCUCGGCGACAACGACUUGCGUGACGACGGGCUGGAGGCGCUCGCCGCCGGACUGGCAAAGCCGCAGUGCAUCUUGCAAGUCCUCGGGCUCAGUGGCUGCAAGCUGAGCAAGAAAAGCUGCGAGGCGCUGGCCUCCGUUCUAAGCUCGCCCUGCAGCCUGAGGGAGCUGGAUCUCAGCCGCAACGACUUGUGUGACGAGGGGCUGGAGGCGCUCGCCGCCGGACUGGCAAAGCCGCAGUGCACCUUGCAAGUCCUCAAGCUCGAGAAAUGCAACCUGAGCAAGAAAAGCUGCGAGGCGCUGGCCUCCGUUCUAAGCUCGCCCGGAAGCCUGAGGGAGCUGGAUCUCAGGUGGAAUGACUUGUACGACGACGGGCUGGAGGCGCUCGCCGCCGGACUGGCAAAGCCGCAGUGCACCUUGCAAGUCCUCAAGCUCCAGUUGUGCAGGCUGAGCAAGAAAAGCUGCAAGGCGUUGGGCUUCGUUCUAAGCUCGCCCGGCAGCCUGAGGGAGCUGGAUCUGGGCCUCAACAACUUGUACGGCGACGGGCUGGAGGCGCUUGCCGCCGGACUGGCGAAGUCGCAGUGCACCUUGGAAGUCCUCAGGCUCAAGUGCUGCAACCUGAGCAAGAAAAGCUGCGAGGCGCUGGCCUCCGUUCUAAGCUCGCCCGGCAGCCUGAGGGCGCUGGAUCUCAGCCUCAACAACUUGCGUGACGACGGGCUGGAGGCCCUCGCCGCUGGACUGGCAAAGCCGCAGUGCACCUUGCGAAGCCUCGGGCUCAUCAACUGCAAGCUGAGCAAGAAAGGCUGCAAGGCGCUGGCCUCCGUUCUAAGCUCGCCCUGCAGCCUGAGGAGGCUGGAUCUCAGCUACAACGACUUGUGUGACGACGGGCUGGAGGCGCUCGCCGCCGGACUGGCAAAGCCGCAGUGCACCUUGCAAGUCCUCAGCCGGCCGCCCUCUUGUCUUCUCAGGCUCCGGUACUGCAACCUGAAGAAGAAAAGCUGCGAGGCGCUGGCCAAGGCUCUCCGGUCCAACCCCUCCCACCUCCAAGAGCUGAAGCUGCGGGGCAAUGACAUCAAAGAGGAAGAAAGGCAGGUCUUGGCGGAGGUCCAAAAGGAUCCUCGCUGCAGUGUGAAGCUCGAGUGGUAGGUUCCAAACAUCUUCCAUGGCGCUCGCUCGUCUGAAUGGACCGGCGACA